UUUGUUACUGUGUUGUGCUAAUGCAUGCAUUUAUAUCAUGCUUUUAUCAUUUUAGUCAGGCAGCAAUAAUACGCUGUUUCGUGUUUCUGUGUUUAAUUGCUCUUUUGUGACUUUGCUGACCAUAAGGAUUAGUGCCUUAAUAACCUCUAUAGUAGCAGAGUGGCAAGCAAUACAGCCUGACUGAAAAUGUUACCAAACACAGGGAAACUGGCUGGAUGCACAUUGUUCAUUACUGGUGCUAGCCGUGGCAUUGGAAAAGCAAUUGCACUUAAAGCUGCAAAGGAUGGUGCAAACAUUGUAGUAGCUGCAAAGACUGCUCAGGAGCAUCCCAAGUUACCUGGAACAAUUUAUACUGCAGCUGAGGAGAUUAUAGCAGCUGGAGGAAAGGCUCUGCCUUGCAUAGUAGAUGUUCGUGAUGAAAAUCAGAUAUGUGCAGCUGUGGAGAAAGCUGUGGAGACCUUUGGAGGCAUUGAUAUUUUGGUGAAUAAUGCUAGUGCCAUUAACCUAACUGGUACUUUAGAAACAUCCAUGAAGAAAGUGGACCUUAUGAUGGGCAUCAACUCAAGAGGAACGUACUUGACGUCAAAGCUCUGCAUUCCUCACUUAACUAAGAGUAAAAAUCCUCACAUACUGAACCUUAGUCCUCCGCUGAACUUGAAUCCAGUGUGGUUCAAAAACCACUGUGCGUACACCAUGGCAAAAUAUGGAAUGUCAAUGUGCGUACUUGGGAUGGCAGAAGAGUUUAAAGGAGUUAUUGCAGUCAAUGCUCUGUGGCCAAGAACAGCUAUUUAUACAGCUGCUAUGGAAAUGCUUGGUGGAGUUGGAGUAGGAAAACAGUGUCGGAAGCCUGAAAUCAUGGCAGAUGCAGCCUAUGCCAUUCUGUCCAAGCCAAAAAGUUUCUCUGGAAACUUUGUUAUUGAUGAGGAGUUGUUGAAGCAGGAAGGAGUCAAGGACUUUGACCCAUAUGCAGUUGCACCAGGACAUCCAUUGCUUCCAGACUUUUUCUUAGAUGAAACGCCAGAUGAAGUGAGUAAACAACUGGCAGCACAUGCAGUGCCUCCUACCUCUGAAGACAAGAGGUCACAGUUAGGUGCUUCUGGACCUGUCACAGAUACUUUCAAAAUCAUCCAGUCAUCUCUUAAUUCUGAUGUUGUGAAAAGUGUGCAAGGGAUUUAUCAAUUUGAGCUCUCUGGUGAGAAUGCAGGAACUUGGCAUCUCGACCUGAAGAAUGAAAAUGGCAGUGCCGGGCAGGGAGAAGCUCCAAAAAAGGCAGAUGUUGUUAUGUCUCUAGAUAGCGGUGACUUUGUAAAAAUGUUUGCAGGUAAAUUAAAGCCAACAAUGGCUUUCAUGUCAGGGAAACUGAAGAUAAAAGGUGACAUGGCCCUUGCUAUUAAGCUGGAGAAGCUAAUGUCCCAGUUGAAGCCUAAACUGUAGAAGAAAGUAAAAUGCUGGUUUCCUGUGCCUUCAUAUACUGCAUAUUAUUUUGGAAUGGUUAGCAGAAGGCGUUUUGUAUGAUAAUUUAAACAUCAUAUUCUGUACAAUCGUAUUUUUAAUAAAGAAGUGAUUGCUGCAUUUACGUUUUCUCAUUCCUGAUGUACGUGUUGCAGGUCAUGCAGUUUGACAGCUCAAUGAACUUUAAACUGCUCAUCAUUAUAAACCAGAGUGGCUUUCCUUAAAUUUUUCAUACCAAAUUCAGCAACUUCAGCAUUUUUACACCCAACGUUCAGUUUAUUAGUUGCCUUUUGAAAUGUGAAUGUGUAAAAUAAUAAUGAACUGUAAAAUAAAAUGAUAAUUUCUGAAAA